AAAGGGACAGUUCUUCACCCUCGUCACGGGCUCUCUCUGGACUCAAUCCCACCCAAAGUUUUCAUUUUUCGCUAUACCCAAGUAUCUGAGUUUGAGAGAGAGAGAGGGACGAGAGAAGUAAUCGCAGCUCAAGAACACAACAAAAUCGAAUGUGUUUCGGUGGUGUCAUUGUCGAACUAUUCAUGAAUUUGAGCUGAUUUUCGGUGACUUUUGGCUUGGUCUGUCAGUAUUUCAAUCUGCCAAUUUGUCUACAAUUCUAGGCUUCUAGCUCCUACAAAAGCGCUUCUUGAGGUUUUCCAAGGUAUAGGAAAUGUCCAGGCCUCUACAUCGAGGUAUAUCGGGGAUGCGGAUAUCGGGUAAUAGUCAAGACCUAUGGGACUCUCAAAUGAAAACUAAAGCUGAAAGGGAAGAUUUGGAUAGAACAUUUUCUUCUGAUAACAAUUACUUAGCCUUAAGGUUUCCUUUUCGGUUACUUCUUCCAGAUAAUUCUCCGUCAAAAUAUGGAGUUGGGGAGAAUGGCUUUGCAUCUGAUUCCUUCAGCAUUGGAACUCCUAGGAGUCGGCACAGAUUAAUGUUGCUCUCACUGAAGGUCAGUUUAGUGUUGAUAAUAUUUCUUGCUCUUACUGGAUCUUUUUGGUGGACAAUCUCCAUAUCAACAUCGUCGCAACGCCAUCUUGUCCACGGGUAUAGGCGGCUCCAGGAGCAAUUGGUUUCAGAUUUGUGGGAUAUUGGUGAGAUCUCAUUUGGUACUUCAAGGUUAAAAGAAUUGGAGUUUUGUUCUCAAGAGUCAGAAAACUAUGUGCCUUGCUUCAACAUGUCGGAAAACCUUGCUUUAGGUUCUUCCGAUGGUGACAUGUUUGAUCGUCAGUGUGGUCAUGGUUCAAGGCAAAAUUGUUUACUUCUUCCACCUGUAAAUUAUAGGAUUCCUCUUAGGUGGCCAACUGGGAAGGAUGUCAUCUGGUCUAAUAAUGUUAAAAUAACUGCCCAGGAGGUACUUUCCUCUGGUAGCUUGACGAAGAGGAUGAUGAUGUUGGAGGAUGAUCAGAUUUCCUUUCGUUCAGCCUCUCCCCUAUUUGAUGGUGUAGAAGAUUACACACAUCAAAUUGCUAGAAUGAUGGGGCUGACAAAUGAUUCUCAGUUGAUACAAGCUGGAGUUAGAACUAUUUUGGAUAUAGGAUGUGGUUAUGGUAGCUUUGGAGCACACCUCUUUUCAAAACAGCUGUUAACCAUGUGCAUUGCAAACUAUGAGGCUUCAGGCAGUCAAGUCCAACUAACUCUUGAAAGAGGUCUUCCCGCAAUGAUUGGUUCUUUUACUUCAAAGCAGUUGCCAUAUCCAUCUCUCUCCUUUGAUAUGCUGCAUUGCGCACGAUGUGGCAUUGACUGGGACAAAAAAGAUGGUAUUUUCUUAGUUGAAGUUGAUAGAGUUUUGAAGCCUGGUGGAUACUUUGUCUGGACCUCACCACUUACCAAUACUCAGGGGUUUCUUCGCAACAAAGAAAAUCAGAAAAGGUGGAACCUUGUUCAAAAUUUUGCAGAAAAUCUGUGCUGGGAGAUGAUGUCACAGCAAGAUGAAACCGUUGUAUGGAGAAAGACUAGCAAGAAGAGUUGUUAUAGUUCGAGGAAGCCAGGUUCAAGUCCCUCUAUCUGUGGUAAAGGUCAGGAAGUUGAAUCUCCAUAUUAUCGACCACUUGAAGCUUGUAUAGCUGGAACUCGAAGCCGUAGAUGGAUUCCUCUUCAAGCGAAGUCAACCUGGCCUUCAAGGUCUAACUUGAAUAAGAGUGAACUUGCAAUUUAUGGUCUGCCUUCAGAAGAAUUUGCUGCGGAUGCAGAAAACUGGAAAAGAGCUGUUGCAAAUUAUUGGUCUCUUCUGUCACCACUAAUAUUCUCAGAUCACCCAAAAAGGCCUGGUGAUGAGGAUCCCUCACCUCCUUAUAACAUGGUCCGAAAUGUGCUAGACAUGAAUGCAAAUUUUGGUGGUUUCAACAAUGCAUUAUUGGAAAGUGGGAAGUCUGUGUGGGUUAUGAAUGUGGUUCCAACUACCGGACCCAACUACCUUCCCUUGAUCCUUGACAGAGGCUUUGUUGGUGUAUUGCAUGACUGGUGUGAAGCUUUUCCGACAUACCCUAGAACAUAUGAUAUGGUGCAUGCAGCAGGGCUUCUCUCUCUUGAAGCUGAACAGAAACACAGGUGUACCAUGCUUGAUAUAUUCACAGAAAUUGACCGAUUACUUCGUCCAGAGGGUUGGGUAAUAAUCCGCGACACAACUCCUCUGGUUGAAUCAGCUAGAGCUCUCACAACACGGCUGAGGUGGGAUGCACGAGUUAUAGAACUUGAUAGUGAUGAAAGACUGCUCAUCUGCCAGAAACCUAUCUUUAAGAGACAAGCCAGCUAAUCGAGUUGAAGAUGGAGCCAAAGAAAUUAAUUCAUAGUAUUCAUAUUUAUUUCAGGUGGAUUUUAAAUAAAACUCCACCAUAGCAAAGAGGAUAGAAAUUUUGAACAACAGAAAGAAGGUGCCUGAAAACACUGGAGAAGAAACAGAUGAAUCUGGGUGAAAUCAACCACAAUUCCUAUGGAGGCCUAAGGUGUACAUAGGGACAUGUAAUUACUCAAUUAAAGUUCUGAGCAAAGGAGAAGAAGUAUAGGUUUAAAUUGUAUUUUCUCUGCAAUGUUUUUAUAGCUAUACAACCACAUGAUUAAGAUUGUGAAGAUUAUUGCAAAAUAAGGUGAUCUUUUGCUUCAGCAUACAGAGAAGCUUGGCAGUGUAAUUUAUAUGAAGCAGCUUUUUAUUCUAUUUUACUGCUUUCAUGCUUA